ACUGGACAAGGAAACCGGACUAAGAGGAUUAAGCGAAGGAAAACAGAUUGGACAUUMGCAACGUGGAAUAUACAAACUUUACUACAAGCAGGGAAAAUGAACGAAUUAUCAUCAGAGAUUAUAAAAUAUAACAUCGAUAUAGUAGCACUACAGGAGAUCAGAUGGUGUGGUCAACGAUUCAUACAUAAGAAAGACUACACAUUGUACUAUAGUGGACAGGAAAAGAAAACAGGAAGAAAUGGCGUUGGAUUCUACGUAAGCAAGAAAAUGAGCAAGUUCUUCUUAAACUUUGAAGCCAUAUGA